UUCACAUUUGCUUUCGAGUUCAUUUGUUUUGCAUCCAGCAACUUAAAAAUCAAAAUGUUCAAAUUGUUCAUCUUCGCUUGCUUCCUCGCCCUGGCUGCGGCUAAGCCCGGCGUCUUUCCAGUGGCUUACACCGCGCCAGUAGCCGCAGCGUACACCGCGCCUGUAGCCGCGGCCUACACAGCGCCGCUUGCCUACUCUGCCUACUCCGCCUAUACCGCGCCUGUUGCUGCAUACUCUGCUUACACAUACGCAUCUCCCUAUGGCGCAUACUACCUUCGUCCAAGUAGCAUUAAACAAUUAAUCGCACUUUUCGAUAUCAUACUAUCACUUGCUCUCAAACUAACUUCACUCCAAUCCAACAAAAUGUUCAAACUGUUCAUCUUCGCUUGCUUCCUCGCCCUGGCUGCGGCUAAGCCCGGCGUCUUUCCAGUGGCUUACACCGCGCCAGUAGCCGCAGCGUACACCGCGCCAGUAGCCGCGGCCUAUACAGCACCGCUUGCCUACUCCGCCUACUCUGCAUACACCGCGCCUGUUGCCGCAUACUCUGCUUACACAUACGCAUCUCCCUAUGCUGCAUACUACGUUCGUUGAAGAUCGAAAAAAGUUUGAAACCAAAAAAAUAUCGGAUAUGAUUAAAAUCGAAUAAAUCAUCAACAAAACCAA